AGGACGCUGCCCAAGACCUGCAUGGAAAAGAUCGUGGAGAACGUGCGGAAAUUCAACAUCCAGGGGCUGCUGGUCAUCGGGGGGUUCGAGGCGUACGAGGGGGUGCUGCAGCUGGUGGAGGCCCGCGGGCAGUACGAGGAGCUCUGCAUCAUCAUGUGUGUCAUCCCCGCCACCAUCAGCAACAACGUGCCCGGGACCGACUUCAGCCUGGGCUCGGACACGGCCGUCAAUGCGGCCAUGGAGAGUUGUGACCGCAUCAAGCAGUCGGCCUCGGGCACCAAGCGCCGCGUCUUCAUCGUGGAGACGAUGGGGGGUUACUGCGGGUACCUGUCGACCGUCACCGGCAUCGCGGUGGGCGCCGACGCCGCCUACGUCUACGAGGAUCCCUUCACCAUCCACGACCUGAAGGCCAACGUGGAGCACUUGACGGACAAAAUGAAGACAGAUAUCCAGAGAGGGCUGGUGCUGCGCAAUGAGAAGUGCCACGAGCACUACACCACCGAGUUCCUCUACAACCUCUACUCCUCCGAGGGCAAAGGCAUCUUUGACUGCCGGAUUAAUGUCCUGGGCCACCUCCAGCAGGGGGGAGCGCCAACCCCCUUUGACCGCAACUACGGGACCAAGCUGGGAGUGAAGGCGGUGCUGUGGAUGUCGGAGAAGCUGCAGGAGGUUUACCGCAAGGGGCGCGUGUUUGCCAACUCGGGCGACUCUGCCUGCGUGAUCGGGCUCAGGAAGAAGGUGGUGGCCUUCAGCCCCGUGACAGAGCUCAAGAAAGUCACUGAUUUCGAGCACAGGCUGCCCCCGGAGCAGGGGUGGGUGAAACUCCGGGUUGGUGGUGAAGCCAACUACCAGAUCAGCCUGACCGAGUAUAUCUCGGGGAAGAUGGAGCACGUCACCCGCCGCACGCUCAGCAUCGAGAAGGGCUUCUAG